UCCACUCCCCUCAGUAAGUGAUUCUGCACGGCGGAGACCCCACUGCUCCAAAAUGGCCCUAGCAGACACCGAGAGCGGGAUGUCAAAUUGCAACGAAUUCUCCCCGUUUCCCGAAAUAAUCGAUUUGAAUGUCGGCGGUCAAGUGUACGUCACCAGACACACAACUUUAGUCGCUGUCGCGGACUCCCUCCUCUGGACCAUGUUCAGCAAGAAGACCCCCAAAGAGUUGGCGAGGGACAACAAAGGACGCUUCUUCCUAGACAGGGACGGAUUCUUAUUCCGCUAUAUCCUCGACUAUCUGCGCGAUCUUAACUUGGUGCUCCCCGACUAUUUCCCAGAGAGAAGCCGCCUCCAGAGGGAGGCAGACUUUUUCCAGCUGCGGGAGCUUUCCAAGCGUCUGCUGCACCCCAAGAUGACUAAAGACGACUCCAUCAGCGAAGAGAUCUGCCAGAGUGACCCCGACGAAGGCGCGCCCCAGUGCGGCGCCAUGGACACUUUACGCAUGGACACUUUACGCACGAUCACCGCGGUGGGCAGCAGCCCUCGCUCGCCUUCCCUCGACUCCAGGAAGUCCGGGUACAUCACGAUAGGAUACAGGGGCUCAUACACGAUCGGAAGAGACAUCCAGACCGACGCAAAGUUCAGGAGAGUGGCGCGCAUCACCGUGUGCGGGAAGACCUCCCUGGCGAAGGAAGUGUUUGGAGACACUUUGAAUGAGAGCAGGGACCCCGACCGUCCGCCGGAGAGGUAUACGUCCAGGUAUUACCUGAAAUAUAAUUUUUUAGAGCAGGCGUUUGACAAACUGACAGAAGUGGGCUUCCACAUGGUGGCCUGCAGCUCCACUGGUACGUGCGCCUACACGAGCAAUGAUCCAAACGAGGACAAAAUCUGGACAAGCUACACUGAAUAUGUUUUUUGUCGGGAAUAAGCGUUGCUUCCUCCCAGUAAGGUCUAUUCAACGCCAAGAGAUAGGAAUAGUGUCUAUUUGUAGAUAGAAAUAUAGCGUAAGAAGGUCUGUAUUUAAUGGGCAUCUUCGACAGAUGAUGGCCACUGUCAGGAUGGUAGUACCACCAACCCCAACCAUCUGCCUGCCAGCAAUUGGACAUUAAUCCAAACACAACGAAUGGUUGUGAAAAAAACGACGAAUCAGUAUUCAACAAAGGAAGCUGUAAUCAAAUGUAAUAACCUUUCAACUAAAAGUCAACACCAAAGCAUUAAUAUCAUCAAACCCAUUGCGCACAGUUUCUGUUUUAGUUCACACUAUUUAGCUAUAUUUUAGUCCUCUCUGACCGUGUGAAGCCAACAGUGUUCCAGGAUCCAGACAUUUUGACAGUAUUAUUGUAACAAACAUGCUUGCUUAGCAGUCUGUUUUGACUACGUUUUGUAUAUUAUGCAACUUAGCAAUGACUAACCGACAUAAUUACAAUAGUGUGCACUGUGUGCUUGUUAUCGUGAAAUAAAAUCU